GUUCCUGAUUCUCUGCGGGUUCUUUCCUGCUGAGGACAAUUCUCUUCCUGUCUCUGCCUAAGAUUGGGGGGCUGAGCCCAGGGCUCCAUUGGUUUGUGCCCAAGCCUCAUGGGUGGAAUGUCUGUGCCACCCCAAGGCUAGACAGGGGGCUAAGGGUCAGGGUGGGCAUUUGUUGGGCCCCUUUUUGACCUUUGCAGACCAGAGCUGGGUGAGGGGCUGGACAAUGAGCCUCCUCUUCCUUGAAAGAAGGAAUUUUGGUGGAGACAAUAGAGCCCUGUCUGCUCUGGCAUGGGGGGUGGUAGCUGACUCAAUUCUGCUCCCCCUAGGCCCUAACAAAUGUCAUCAAGAAAUGGGGGCAAUCUUUCCCUAGUGCCCUGGGCUGCCUGCCCUGCCCCUUUGUGACGACUUGCCCUUCUUUUUUCCCCCAGCUGAUCUUGCCUCUUCUCCCAUGACCUGACCCCUUUGUUCUUUGCCAGCUCCGUCUCUCUCCUUGCCCCUCAAUCCUCCCCUAGUCUGUGUUGGGUUGACGUGGGAGGCGAGGGCCAGGGGGUACUGGUGGUGUUACAGAGCCAGUAACCUCUGCUGAUUUGGGGGGUCCUGAAAUAAGGGGCCCCCGAGGGUUGGGAAGAUACUUCUGGGGGCCCUUUGCUGGGGGGGUGGGGUGAGGGUAGUGGGACUUGGACCCACUGAGCUCACCAAGCUGGAGCCCUGGAGGUGGCUUGUGGGAGGGGGCAGGAAUGGGAGGACUCUGUCUGGCCCGGCCCCUCCUCUCCCUUGCAGCCUGCCCAGCCCGCCCACCAGUCUGAGCUGCUGCUGCUGAGGCUAGUCUGCCUGAAGUCUCCGGGAGAGAGGGAAAGAGGUGGGGAGAGAAUGUCAGUGGGGAAAGAGUGGGUGUCAAUCAGAGCCUUGGAGGCAAUCUGGCAGAGUCUGGUGUCAAGGAGAAUCAUGGGGUCCAGGGCUGAGCUGUGCACUCUCUUAGGCGGACUUUCAUUCCUCCUGCUAUUGAUGUCUGGCGAGGGGGCCAAGGGUGGAUCCUUCAAAGAGAGUCAGGGAGUCUGCUCCAAGCAGAUGCUGGUGGUCCCACUCCGUUACAAUGAGUCCUACAGCCAACCGGUGUAUAAGCCCUACCUGACUCUGUGCGCUGGAAGGCGUGUCUGCAGUACCUACAGGACCACUUACCAUGUGGCAUGGCGGGAGGUGAGGAGAGAGGUGCAGCAGACCCACAUCGUGUGCUGCCAGGGCUGGAAGAAGCGGCAUCCGGGAGCGCUCACCUGUGAUGAAGCCAUCUGCGCCAAGCCCUGCCUGAACCGAGGCGUCUGUGUUCGGCCAGACCAGUGCGAGUGCACCCCUGGCUGGGGUGGGAAGCACUGUCAUGUGGACGUGGAUGAAUGCAGGACUGGCAUCUCCCUCUGCUCGCACCGUUGCCUCAACACAGCAGGCAGCUUCACCUGUGGCUGCCCCCAUGGCUUGGUGCUGGGCCCAGAUGGGCGCACCUGUGCAGAGGGGUCCCCAGAGCCCCCAACCAGUGGCGGUAUCCUCAGUGUGGCUGUUCGGGAAGUGGAACAGGAUGAGCACGCACUGAGGCGGGAGAUGCAAGAGCUGCGAGGGCGCCUGGAGCAGCUGGAGCAGUGGGCUGGGCAGGUAGGGGCCUGGGUCCGAGCUGUGCUGCCCGUGCCACCGGAAGAACUGCAGCCCGAACAGGUGGCAGAGCUGUGGGGCCGGGGCGACAGGAUUGAGUCUCUCAGUGACCAGGUGCUGCUGCUGGAGGAGAGGCUAGGCGCCUGUGAGUCCCCGUCCCCCAAUAACUGCCCCCAGCUUUUCCUGACACCUUUCUCCAAUUCAGUUUUCUUUUCCUGAAACCCUUCCCCCAUCACUCUCUCCUCAUACCUUCCCCAGAUAUCCGCACUUCAUCACCCUUUCUUGUACCCUGUCCCCAACCCAGUGGUUCCAUUUAUUCUUGGUGCCCACGGUCCACUCCAGGCCGGAGGCAGCCCCGGAGGUCCACUGCCAACGUGUCUGCCCAUCUCCUUGUCAUUAACCAGGCUCCUGUGAGGACAACAGCCUGGGCCCAGGCCUCAAUCGGCGAAGAUAAGGAACCUCUGCAGAGCCCCUGCCCGCUAAUUUAUACAGAAACUAGACCCACUAAUCCUCUGGGAUUGGCUGCUGGGGGAGCUGCAGAUAAGGU